UCACUUCCUCCCUGUCCUCGCUCUCCUCUCCGUCCUUCACCUCUUCGAGUUCAGCCAAGGAUAUGAAUUCCCCCAGCCUGCAAGUCCAGCCCGCCGCCGGCAACGCCGUCUUUGAAGGGUCAAGUCAUGCCGAGCCUCAGAACGGACCCAACGGGCUGGAGGCCGAGCUGGAGCAUCUGAGGCAGGCGUUGGAUGGCGGCCUGGACACGAAAGAAGCCAAAGAGAAAUUCCUCCACGAGGUGGUGAAGAUGAGGGUCAAGCAGGAGGAGAAACUCAACGCCGCCUUGCAGGCCAAGCGCAGUCUCCACCAGGAGCUGGAGUUCCUCCGCGUGGCCAAGAAGGAGAAGUUGAGGGAGGCGACGGAAGCCAAGCGCAACCUGAGGAAGGAGAUUGAACGCCUCCGGGCAGAGAAUGAGAAGAAGAUGAAAGAGGCCAACGAGUCCCGGAUACGGCUCAAGCGGGAAUUGGAGCAGGCCCGACAGGUCCGAGUAUGCGACAAGGGCUGCGAGGCCGGCCGUCUACGAGCCAAAUACUCAGCCCAGAUCGAAGAUCUGCAAGUGAAGCUCCAGCACGCAGAGGCGGACCGAGAACAGCUGCGCGCUGACCUCUUGCACGAGCGUGAAGCGCGCGAGAACUUGGAAAAAGCCGUCAAGGAACUGCAAGAGCAACUCUGGUCAAAGCAUAACGAUCUGCCCAACAGCGCGCACACCCCGAAAGAUCCCGAGAACUGAGACAGACACACACACACACACACACACACACACACACACACACGGUCCAAGACGGGUGGAAUCCGUGCUCUCCUGCCUGUGGCCCGUGGGCCGAUCCGUGCAUAGUAAGCAAGACUGCGUGGAAGAGGCGUUUCCCCACCCCCUGCUGCAUGUGGCUAAACACCAUGGAUCUGUGGUUCUUAAAUCGGAGGGCAAAAACGUUGUUACUCUUUAUAACAAAAGCACUGAAUUCUGCCUCUCUUUUUUUUAAAAAAAAAAAUCCGUAUAGCACAACAUUUUCCUGUGCCUAUAACGUGAGAAGUGUUUAUAAAUCUACUCUUUUGAGUCUGCAGCAAAAAAAAACCACACACACACAC